GCCCCACAUUCCCUAACCUAUGACCUCUAGGGGUCAGGACACGUAUACUCCAGAACGCCAAGUAGUUCCGGAGGACGGGUCAAGUUCGCUUCCGGAAGCGGGUGGCGGUACCAUGGUUACCAUCUUCAAAGCAGGUUUCCCAAUCCGUUGGGUGGUGAUGUUGCAGUCUCGGCCUUGGUUUUGCAAGAUGCAAGUUCCCAGUUUGUAUGUGGGCAGGCCUUUCUCCACAUCCCCAGAUAAACCGUCAAGCAUGGAGGCUGAAAAAUUCCAGAUGAUUUAUCGGUUUCCUGGCAUCAGAUUCUGUGGGUCACUGUCCCGGGUGAAGAUUCUACAGACAGGGAUUACUAUGGUAAUAUUGCCACCUUGCUAUUAUUGGUACAUGCAGGGCCUCAUUCCCCUGGACUCCCUAUUUUUCACGGGAGGUGUUGCUAGCUUUGCCCUAGCCAUGUUGUACUGGAUUAGUUAUUUCUUUCGUCGGCUUGUUGGGAUCCUUUAUGUGAAUGAGGCUGGCACUGUGUUGCGGGUGGCACACCUGACCUUCUGGGGCCGGCGGCAAGACACAUAUUGCCCAGUGGCCAACAUAAUUCCUGUAUCUGAGACCAGUGAACAUCCCUUUGAUGUGUUCUUGAAGAUCCGACAGUAUGAUGGUGAUCAGACCUUCUACUUAACACUUCGUUUUGGACACAUCCUGGAUAAGAAACGCUUUGUGCAAGUGUUUGGGAAUCUUGAUGGAAAGCAUUGAUGGUUUGGCGAAAAAAACUCCUGGAUCUUAGGGGAAUGAGCUUUGGAUGGUAGCCUCAAGUGUGCCUAUGCUAUACCUGUGCCAAGCAUAUCUCCCAGGGCUUAAACUAUAGAGAGAGGUUAAGAGGCACUUGUCUUUCAAAGUCAGGCGAUAAGUAAACUAGAAGCAGAUCUAAGUUUCUGGUAAAACAAGUGCUGAACAGACUUUGAAAAGGGAAUACCCAGUGGAACCAUGAAACUGAUUUUGUGGUGCAGUGGGAGUUGAUUUUCCACUUGCAUACUUUUUCUGGAGAAAGGCAGUUUGAUUUUCUGGAGAGAAAAUUGUCAGGACACAGUGGAUCCUUGUCCUACAGUUGACUGAUUAGAAUGACCAUGAUGGCAUGUGAAUGACAUUCAGUCUAUCAAAAAGAAAGUAUUACUCUGCUGAUAUGUAGUAAGUGCUUGAGGAACACGUGACUAGUGUAAAACAUGGCUAUUUCAUCCCCUUCAGAAAGGCAACUUUGUGCACUCCUCAGAAACAGUAUGGAAAUCAGAGGUUAGCCUGACAUCAGAAUUGUGAUUUUUUUUUUUACCUUUCAGAUAUUUAAAUAAUCAUUCACUGUUAAUAUUACAGUCUAAUAAAAAAAGUU